AUGCCUGGGGAGCUCAUUCGCACCGUUACGGCGAGCCUCGCGCGACCCAGUAAACGGAAUGCCGAGAAAAUGGACCGUCCAACUGACCUCUUCCUCAUUACAGACCAGGAUGUCGUCUACGAGCAGGAUAUCCAGCGGAAUCCUGGGAGCGUCAAGCCAUGGCUCGAGUACUACAGCUUCAAAAAGUCGCGAGGAACCGUCCUCGAGCAGGCAUUCGUACUUGAACGCGCCUGCAAUACCCUCCCGCGCUCGUACAAGCUCUGGAAGCUGUACCUCGAGCUUCGUACGAAGCAUCUUGAGAAGAAGAAUCCGGCAAAGUACGCGCCGCAUUACAUCAAGGUCAACGCUUUGUUCGAACGGUCCUUGAUCUUGCUCAACAAGAUGCCCGCGCUUUGGGAAAAAUAUCUCGCGUUUCUCAUGCAACAGCCCCUCGUUACAACCACACGACGGACGUUCGAUCGCGCGCUUCGCGCUCUUCCUCUCACUCAACACUACAGAAUCUGGGCCCUCUAUCGACCGUUCGCGAGUUCCGCGUCGGGGGAAACGGCGGUUAAGAUCUGGCGCAGAUAUAUGCAAAUUCACCCCGAAAACGCGGAAGAAUUCAUCGAGCUACUCAAAGACAUGCGCAAAUACACAGAAGCCGUCAAGAAGUAUCUGGAAAUCAUCAACAAUCCCCGGUUCAAGAGCAAGGAAGCGAAGGGACCCUUCAAUUUCUUCACCGAAUUGGUCGAUCUAAUGAUCGAUCACGCCAAGGAGAUCGAAACCGGUGACGAUAGCGGUAUAGAUGUCGAGAAAAUCAUCCGAAGCGGCAUCACCAGGUUCCCUGAUCAACGAGGAGUCUUGUGGGUCGGUCUCGCUCGUUACUGGAUGCACAAGGGCGAGUACGAGAAGGCCAGAGACGUCUUUGAAGAGGGCAUCACAACUGUGAUGACCGUCCGAGAUUUCUCCGUCGUCUUCGACACAUACGUCGAAGCCGAAGAAACUUUGAUCAGCAUCAAACUGCAGGACGCUGCCGUCCGUUCUGACAAAGGAAAGAUCGAUGAUGCUGCUGAUGCUGACUUGGACAUUCGUAUGUCGCGAUUCGAAUCCCUGAUGCAGCGGAGGCCAUUCCUCCUGAACGAUGUUCUGUUGCGUCAGAAUCCACACAACGUAAUCGAAUGGGAGAAGCGUGUUGCUCUAUGGGGAGACAAUAAGAAAGAAGUCGUUCAGACAUAUACCGAUGCCAUCGCCUCCAUCAACCCCAAAAAGGCAACUGGUAACUUCUAUCAGUUGUGGACCAACUAUGCUAAGUUCUACGAAAGCGCCGGCGACCUCAACAACGCUCGCGUCAUCAUGGAAAAAGCUGUCAAGGUCCCAUUCAAAUCGGUCUCGGAAUUGGCGGAGAUGUGGUGUGAAUGGGCCGAGAUGGAACUGCGCAAUGAAAACUUCGACAAAGCAGUGGAAAUUAUGGCCAAAUCUACACAGGCACCGAAACGAUCCACCGUCGACUACUUCGACGACUCCCUAAGCCCUCAACAGCGUGUACAUAAGAGUUGGAAAUUGUGGAGUUUCUAUGUCGACCUUGUGGAGAGUGUUAGUACGCUGGAUGAGACGAAGAAGGUGUACGAGCGGAUAUUCGAACUUCGCAUCGCCACACCACAGACUGUUGUGAAUUAUGCCAACUUGCUCGAGGAGAACCAGUACUACGAGGACUCAUUCAAAGUAUACGAGCGUGGUCUGGACCUUUUCAGCUAUCCUGUCGCUUUCGAAAUAUGGAAUCUUUACCUUACCAAGGCCGUCGACCGCAAGAUUGGCAUGGAACGGUUGAGGGAUCUCUUUGAGCAAGCCGUGGAAGGUUGCCCACCCAAAUUCGCCAAACAUCUUUACCUCAUGUACGGCGCACUCGAGGAGGAUCGUGGUCUUGCUCGACACGCCAUGCGAAUCUACGAGCGUGCCACCCGCGCCGUAGCUGACGAAGACCGUUCAGAGAUGUUCAACUUCUACAUCACUAAGUCUGCCUCCAACUUUGGCCUCACGUCUACAAGACCCAUUUACGAACGCGCUAUCGCUGCACUUCCCGACAGCGAGGCCAAGGACAUGUGCCUCAAGUUCGCGGAAAUGGAGAGGCGAUUGGGUGAAAUUGAUCGAGCAAGAGCUAUCUAUGGACACGCGAGUCAGUUCUGCGAUCCGAGGACAAGCCCCGACUUCUGGAAGAAGUGGGAGCAAUUUGAAGUUCAGCACGGCAAUGAAGACACCUUCAAAGAAAUGCUUCGGAUCAAGCGAAGUGUUCAAGCUCAGUACAAUACCGAUGUCAACUUUAUCGCCUCUCAAGCCAUUUCGAGAGCACAACAAAAUGGAGACGCUGACGCCCACGACGAUGACGCGAUGGCCGCGCUCGAGCGACAGGCAAGAGCACCUCAAGGUUUCGUCGCUGCCAGUACCGGUCCCCAAGGCGGAAACAUCAAACCAGUUGAACAAGCCCCACCGGCCAAUCCCGACGCCAUUGACCUCGACGACGAUCUAUGA